GAGGGAGGGAAGAGCAGCGCCGACACUUGACUGUGUGAGCUCCGAGCGACUCACACACGCUUCGAAAACUUUUGUUCCGCGGUCAUAUCGGGUUGUAAAGUCAAUGUAUCUUUCAGAAACUCGAGCACCACGCUGAGCGCUCAUGAGCGGAGUCGCGCGCGGGGAACCCUGGAGGUUGACUUGAGAGCUUUGGACUCCAGCUGCUGCAGGACUCGGAGAGACAUGGAGCUUCAGUGAGUUGUAAUGCUUUGGGGUGUUUUCAGAAGAAACGGGACCCAGAAGUGAAAGGUUUUGGAGACCCAGAACCAGCAGCAGCAUGUCGGACUCUGCCUCCAGCUUCCUUCACAUUGGAGAUAUCGUGUCUAUGUACGCGGAGGGAACUGUCAAUGGCUUCAUCAGUACUCUGGGGUUGGUGGAUGACCGUUGUGUGGUUGAACCAGCUGCCGGAGAUUUGGAUAAUCCUCCGAAGAAAUUCAGGGACUGCCUGUUCAAGGUGUGUCCCAUGAGUCGGUACUCCGCUCAGAAACAGUUCUGGAAAGCGAAGCAGGCCAAACAUGAGAAGGAUAAGAUUGGGGAUGUUGUGCUGCUACAAAAACUGCAGCAUGCGUCCAACCUUGAGCAGAAGCAGAAUGAAACAGAAAACAAAAAAGUCCAUGGAGACGUAGUGAAGUAUGGAACGGUCAUACAGUUGCUCCACAUGAAGAGUAACAAGUACCUGACGGUGAACAAGCGUCUCCCUGCUCUGCUGGAGAAGAAUGCCAUGAGGGUCACUCUGGACGGCACAGGGAAUGAGGGUUCCUGGCUUUUCAUCCAGCCAUUUUGGAAGCUGAGAGCCAAUGGUGACAAUGUGGUGGUGGGAGAUAAAGUCAUCCUCAACCCUGUAAAUGCAGGUCAGCCGCUUCAUGCUUCCAACUAUGAGCUGACUGACCAUCCAGGAUGCAAAGAGGUUAAUUCUGUCAACUGCAACACCAGCUGGAAGAUCAACCUGUUCAUGAUGUUCAGCGACCACAGAGAGGAGGUUCUAAAAGGCGGUGAUGUGGUGCGUCUCUUUCACGCUGAGCAGGAGAAGUUUCUCACCUGUGAUGAGUAUAAAAGCAAGCUCCACGUCUUCCUCCGGACCACACUGAGGCAGUCUGCCACCUCAGCCACCAGCUCUAACGCUCUGUGGGAAGUUGAGGUAGUACAUCAUGAUCCAUGUCGUGGGGGUGCUGGACACUGGAACAGCCUCUACCGGUUUAAGCAUCUUGCCACUGGAAACUAUUUGGCGGCAGAGGAGAAUCCUGGAUAUAAGGGCGAUAAUGCUGAGCUCUCUUCGUCUUUGGAUAGCAGCCGUAGCAACAAGCGCUCCCAUGGUGAGAGGAUCAAGUACAAGCUCGUCGCUGUGCCUCAUGGGAACGACAUUGCUUCGCUGUUUGAGCUUGACCCCACCACACUCCAAAAGACAGACUCCUUUGUGCCACGGAACUCAUACGUGCGAUUAAGGCAUCUGUGCACAAACACUUGGAUCCAGAGCACAAAUGUCCCUAUCGAUAUAGACGAAGAGAGACCCAUCAGACUCAUGUUGGGAACCUGCGCGACUAAGGAGGACAAAGAGGCUUUUGCCAUCGUCUCAGUUCCUGUGAUGGAAAUCAGAGAUCUGGACUUUGCCAACGAUGCAAGUGCCAUGUUAAGCACCGUUGUGGACCAAUUCAGUCAAGGUUUCAUCAGCCAGAAUGAUCGUCGCUUUGCCAUCAAACUGCUGGAGGAUGUGGUUUUCUUUGUGGCAGAUGUUAUCAACAGUGGUCAGCCCGUGCUUGACAUCGUCAUGACCAAAGCCAACCGAGAGAGACAGAAGCUGAUGCGAGAGCAGAACAUUUUGAAACAGAUCUUUGGGAUCAUUAAAGUUCCUUUUAAAGACCGAGGGGGAGGUGAGGGGCCUCUGCUGCGGCUAGAAGAGCUGGCCGACCAGAAAAACGCUCCCUACCAGUACAUGUUCCGUCUGUGCUACAGAGUCCUGCGUCAUUCUCAGGAAGACUACCGUAAAAACCAGGAGCACAUAGCAAAGCAGUUUGGUGUGAUGCAGAGUCAGAUUGGCUACGACAUCCUGGCUGAAGACACAAUCACCGCGCUGCUGCACAACAACCGAAAGCUACUGGAGAAACACAUCACCAAAACCGAAGUGGAAACUUUCGUAAGCCUUGUCCGGAAGAAUCGAGAGCCCAGGUUUCUGGACUACCUGUCAGACCUUUGUGUGUCCAACAAUGUGGCCAUCCCUGUCACCCAGGAGCUCAUCUGUAAAUGCGUCUUGGACCCCAAAAACCAGGACAUCCUCAUCAAGACUGAACGUCGCAUCCCCAAAGAGCCGCCUUCAGGUGGCGUUCAGGGUGACUAUCUGGACGAUUUUGCCGAUGAGGACGAGGUGUGGCUGGUGUGGACUGACAAGACCAACGAGAGGCAGGAGAAGAGCAUCAGACACCUGGCACAAGAGGCCAGGCAGGGGAACACCCAUGAUGAGAAUGUUCUAACCUAUUACAGGUAUCAGUUGAAGCUUUUUGCCCGGAUGUGUUUGGAUCGUCAGUAUCUUGCCAUCGAUGAGAUCUCCAAGCAGCUUGAUGUGGAGCUCAUCUUCCUGUGCAUGAUGGAUGAGACUCUGCCCUUCGACCUGCGAGCCUCUUUCUGUCGUCUCAUGCUACACGCACAUGUAGACCGAGACCCACAAGAACUGGUCACCCCAGUCAAGUUUGCCCGACUCUGGACUGAAAUCCCGACAUCAAUCACCAUAAAAGAUUACGACUCUAACAUGGAUGACAGCAGAGACAACAAGAAGAACCGUUUCUCCAACACUAUGGUAUUUAUGGAAGAAUACCUCAACAAUGUGUUGAAUGAUGAAGUUCCAUUUCAUAAUGAAGAGAAGAACAAGCUCACCUAUGAGGUGGUGAGUUUAGCCAGACACCUGAUCUACUUUGGUUUCUACAGUUUCUUUGAGCUUCUCAGACUCACAAGAACGUUGUUGGGCAUCAUUGACUGUAGGCCGAACCCAAAUACUGGGAUGAUGUUCAGUGAUGACGGAUCAGGGAAGAACGUGAAGCGAUCCAUACAUGGCAUGGGUGCGAUGAUGUCCACCAUGGUCCUUGCCAGAAAGCAGUCUAUAUUUGGAGGUCCAGGGGCAAGAGGGGCUGGACUGGGUGCUGCACUUGAUGGACAGAGAUUAGGAAAAGAUAGUAUCGACAAGAUGGACCUGACAGUGAUGGACACCAAGCUGAAAAUACUGGAGAUAUUACAGUUUAUCCUGAAUGUCCGCCUGGACUACCGCCUCUCCUUCCUGCUCUCUGUGUUCAAGAAAGAGUUUGUGGAUGUUUAUCCAAUGGCUGACGCAGAUGCGACCACCAAUCUGGAGCAUGCCGGCAUUCCAAUCAGCACGGAAACUACAGCUACAAUUAACCUUCAGCACAUUGGAGAACAAGCAGAGGCCAUGUUUGGAGUUGGUAAAGGGAACAGUAUUUUGGAGGUGGAUGAUGAAGGCGGCCGUAUGUUUCUGCGGGUUCUCAUCCAUCUCACCAUGCACGACUACCCUCCUCUGGUGUCUGGAGCUCUUCAGCUGCUUUUUAGACAUUUCAGCCAAAGACAGGAAGUGCUGCAUACCUUUAAGCAGGUGCAACUGCUGAUCUCAGCUCAGGACGUGGAGAACUACAAGUUGAUCAAGGCUGACCUGGACCGCCUUCGCACCCUAGUGGAGAAAUCUGAACUCUGGGUGGAGAAGAAGAGCUCAGGGGGAGGAGAUGGAAAGAAGGAAAAGAAAGAUAAGAAAGAGAAAACUGAGGGGGCUUUAGAGGACAGCACACCCAAGAAGGACAAACAGGAGAAGAGCAACGAGAACUACCAGAAUGUCAAAGAGAUCCUGGAGAGGUUGAAUAAAAUGUGCAGCAGUGGAGUUUGGAAGAAGCAGCAACGGUUGCUGAAAAACAUGGGAGCACAUAAAGUCAUGUUGGAUCUGCUGCAAGUGUCCUAUGACCAGAAUGACGUGAAGAUGCAGGAGAUCAUCAAGUUCACUCACCUGUUCCUCCAGAAGUUUUGCAUGGGGAACCAGGAGAACCAGGCUCUGCUGCACAAGAGUCUCAACCUUUUCCUAAAUCCUGGGCUUCUAGAGGCUGAGACGGUGCAAUACAUCUUCAGCAACAACUACCAGCUCUGCACUGAGAUCUCUGAAAGUGUCCUCCAACACUUCAUCCACUGCCUGGCCACACAUGGCCGCCAUGUUCAGUACCUCAACUUUCUCCACACCAUCAUUAAGGCUGAGGGAAAGUAUGUGAAGAAGUGUCAGGACAUGAUCAUGACCGAGUUAACUAAUGCGGGUGAGGACGUUGUCGUCUUCUAUAAUGACAAAGCUUCCUUUAACACCAUGCUGGAGUUGAUGGCGGAGAGCAGGGAAGGAGUUGCAGAGAACAGUCCACUCAGGUAUCACAUAUCUCUGGUUGAGUUGUUGGCAGCCUGUGCUGAAGGGAAGAACGUUUACACAGAGAUCAAGUGCACUUCGCUGCUGCCUCUUGAAGAUGUGGUUCGAGUUGUGACACAUGACGACUGCAUCACAGAGGUCAAAAUUGCAUAUGUGAACUUUGUCAAUCACUGCUACGUGGACACUGAAGUGGAGAUGAAAGAAAUCUACACAUCCAACCACAUUUGGAAGCUGUUUGAAGACUUCACCGCUGACAUGGCCAGAGUCUGUAAUAAAAGAGACAAGCGGCUGUCAGAUCCAAUCCUGGAGAAGUACAUCAUCAAUGUUGUGUUUGACACCAUCAAUGCCUUCUUCAGCUCUCCUUUCUCUGAGAACAGCACCUCUCUUCAGAGCCAUCACACCAUCGUCACACAGCUGCUCCAGUCGUCCGUCAGACUACUGGACUGCCCCUGGCUGCAGCAGCAACACAGGGGUCAAGUAGAGACCUGCAUCAAGACAUUGGCUAUGACAGCUAAAAGUCGCUCCAUCGCCAUUCCUCUGGAUCUGGAGGCUCAAAUCAGUUCGAUGUUGUCAAGUUCGGCUCUCAACAUGCUAUCCCGCUCCAACCCCAACUACAAGUCCUCUACACGUUCCACUCGACCCAUUGCUCCCAGCAACCCCUGGGACUACAAGAACAUCAUCGAGAAAUUGCAGGACAUCAUCAACACACUGGAGGAACGUCUGAAGCCCCUCGUGAAUGCAGAGCUGUCGGUACUGGUGGACGUACUUCAUCAGCCCGAGUUGCUGUUCUUAGAAGGGACUGAUGCCCGACAGAGGUGCGAGUCGGGAGGCUUCAUCUGCAAGUUGAUUCAGCACACCAAGGCGUUAAUGUCUUCAGAAGAAAAGUUGUGCAUCAAAGUGUUGAGAACACUUCAAGAGAUGUUGAUACGAACUUUGGAUUUUGAUGACAAGGGAAUCAGUCUUCGGAAAGUUUUGCUUCAGAACUACCUCUACCCAAACAAGAAAAACAGCCCUAAAAACGAUCUGGCUGAGCUUGGCGCAGCUGGAGGCGAGCAGGAGCGUGACUGGGCGGCCGUGGCAGCAGUUCAGUGUCGCCUGGACAAAGAAGGAGCAACAAAGCUGUUCACAGAUCUAGUGAUGAGCACAAAGACUGACAAAAUCUUCCAGGAGAGUAUUCAGUUGGCUAUAUGUUUGCUGGAGGGAGGAAACACAGAGAUUCAGAACUCCUUCUAUAAGCUAAUGAUGGGCGACAACAAGUCAGAGAAGUUCUUCAAGGUGCUGGAUGACCGUAUGAAAGAAGCACAGACUGACAUCAAAGCUACAGUGUCUGUGAACGUAGGAGAGAUGACUCACAAGGCCAAUGAGAAAGAGCUGGAGAGUGGUGCGUCUGCGGCUUUGGUUCUAAACGGCACAGGUGGUCACCAGUUAUUGGUCCCGGGUCCGUCCAUUGCCCCGGUAUCAGGACCCUCAUCCCACCCGGCCCAGCCAGAGUCUGAACAAAGAGAGAUUGACACAGAGAUGGGUCCAGCAGUCACCAUGAUGAAGCCAAUCCUGAGGUUUCUGCAGCUGCUUUGUGAGAACCACAACCAGGACCUGCAGAACUUUCUGCGUUGUCAGAACAACAAGACCAACUACAACCUGGUGUGUGAGACUCUGCAGUUCCUUGACAUCAUGUGUGGAAGCACCACUGGCGGGUUGGGUCUCCUUGGCCUCUACAUCAAUGAAUCAAACGUCCACCUCAUCACUCAGACCCUGGAGACCUUGACUGAGUACUGCCAGGGCCCCUGUCAGGAGAACCAGACAUGCAUUGUGACACAUGAGUGCAAUGGUAUUGACAUUAUAACGGCUCUGAUCUUGAAUGACAUAAGUCCGCUCUGCCGCUACCAAAUGGAGAUGGUGCUUCAGCUGAAGGACAAUGCUUCCAAGCUGCUCUUGGCGCUGAUGGAGAGUCGUCAUGACAGUGAGAACGCAGAGAGGAUUCUGUUUAACCUCCGACCUCGAGAGCUGGUGGAGGUGAUAAAGAAGUUGUACAACCAAGAGAAUGAAUGUGAAGGUGGAGAGGUCUCUCCUCGUGAGGUGGCACACAACAUAUACAUCCUGGCUCAGCAGUUGGCGCGACACAACAAGGCACUGCACAACCUUCUGAAACCACCUAAAAAGAAUAAAGAAGGAGAUGAAGGCAUAUCCUCAAUGUUGAACCUGAACAAUCGCCCGCUGUCCCAGAUGUUGAAGUCCACUGCUCCAGCAGAUGUUUUGGAACAGGACCCGCUCGAGUAUUAUGACCAGCUUACGUCUCAAAUUGAGAUAGUGCGAGAUGAUCGCAGCAUGGAGCAGAUCGUGUUUCCUGUUCACCCCAUCUGUGAGUUCCUGACCGAAGAAUCCAAGUGUCGCGUCUUUAACACUACAGAGCAGGAUGAGCAGGGGUCAAAGGUCACUCAUUUCUUUGAGCAAACCUCUUUCCUCCAUGGAGAGAUGGAGUGGCAGAAAAAGCUCAGGAGUAUGCCAGUGCUGUACUGGUUCUCCAGGAGGAUGACUCUGUGGGGAACCAUUUCCUUCAACCUGGCUGUCUUCAUCAACCUCAUCAUAGCUUUCUUCUACCCGUAUGCAUCAGGACAAGCUGGAGCAAUAGAUGACUCAAUGCUGCUGAUGCUGUUCUGGAUCCUAACUGGCCUGUCAGUGCUGGGUUUGUUCUCGCAGCGUUAUGGCCUCCAGCCACUGACCCUGGCCUUGAUACUGAGGUCCAUCUAUCACUUUGGCAUAGGAAACACUCUCAUCGUGCUUGGAACACUCAAUCUUAUAAAUAAAAUCGUCUUCGUUGUAAGUUUUGUUGGAAACAAUGGGACCUUCAUUAUGGGAUAUAAGGCCAUGGUGAUGGAUGUGGAGUUUCUGUACCAUCUGGGUUAUGCCCUAACCUCCACUCUGGGACUGUUUGUCCAUGAGCUUUUCUACAGCAUCCUGCUCUUUGAUCUGAUCUAUCGGGAGGAGACCCUCUUUAAUGUGAUUAAGAGUGUGACCCGGAACGGUCGCUCCAUUCUGCUGACGGCUCUGCUCGCCCUCAUCCUCGUCUACCUCUUCUCCAUCGUCGGAUUCCUCUGCCUCAAAGAGGAUUUCAUCAUGGAGGUCGAUCCGCUGGCACAAAUUGCACAAGCUCCUCAGCCGAGUGAAGCAUCUCAGGACUUCCUCAACUCCUGUUCUGCAGACAAAGUGAGCUGCACAGCUGAGACCGGUGUCAUGGCGGACACAGAAGAUGAAGAGGAGGCCAACACAGAGAGAGCGUGCGACACGUUGCUGAUGUGUAUUGUGACGGUGUUGAAUCAUGGCCUGAGGAACGGCGGAGGAGUUGGUGAUGUUCUCCGCAAACCUUCCAAAAAUGAGCCAUUGUUCCCAGCCAGAGUUGUGUAUGAUUUGCUGUUCUACUUCAUUGUCAUCAUCAUCGUCCUCAACUUGAUCUUUGGUGUCAUUAUCGACACUUUUGCCGACUUGAGAAGUGAAAAACAAAAGAAGGAGGAAAUCCUGAAAACAACUUGUUUUAUUUGUGGUUUGGAGAGAGAUAAAUUUGACAACAAGACGGUUUCAUUUGAAGAGCACAUCAAACUGGAGCACAACAUUUGGAAUUACUUGUACUUCAUCGUACUGGUCCGAGAGAAGAACAAGACCGACUACACCGGUCCUGAGAGUUAUGUCGCUCACAUGAUCAAGAACAACAAUCUAGACUGGUUCCCGAGGAUGCAGGCCAUGUCCCUGGUGGUGACCGACGGUGACGGAGAGCAGAACGAAAUGAGGAUGUUGCAGGAUAAGCUGGCUUCAACGAUGAAGGUGGUGCUCACCUUGACCACACAGCUGAACGAGCUGAAAGAGCAGAUGACAGAGCAAAGGAAGAGGAGGCAGAGAAUGGGCUUCGUGGAUGUCCAGCAGGGAGCAGCCAGCGCCGCUAUCCCUCCCAGCGCUGCCGGAGGAAACCACCAGGUGUACAAAACGUAGACCUAUGGUCAGACUUCUGCUGCUGUCAGUCGCCAGACAGCUGGACUUUUGUCAUCUGGAAAAAGAGAGUAGCUCUGAGGUUGUUGUUUAACGUACUGCUUUCAUGCUUCUAAUAUGGAAGUCAUUCAUCUUCCAAGUUUUCUCUGGCUUCUAAAAAUAAUAGAAACAGAUGUACAAACAUUGCACAGUUCCUUUUAACCCUUUGAGGACACACCUUUGCAUAAAGAGGGAUUCUAUUUUUUUUUUUAAUUGUUCCCUGGUUGCUAGAAGACUUGAACAUGGUCAUUUUGUCUGGGGUGAAGUGUGGAGUAAUAUAUUUAUAAUACUGUGGGAUUUUUUGUUUUAACAAUGUAAAUUAGCUCAGUGCUAACACUGGAUUGAAUGAAACUGCUCGUGUGAGCAGUAGGGUACUACAAAUGUCAUGAAGUUUGAACCUUGAGUUUGAAGUAACUAAAUAUAUUUUCUGUGAUCACUUUGUGUUAUUCUUGUUUUGAUAACUUCAUCGGGAGGAAGUCCGUCUGAAAAUAUUUGUCCGAAACACUUCUGUAUUUGAGCUUGCCACUGACAUCAGCUUCAAACAUUUCAUUGGAUUCAUAUGAUUUGUUUUUGGAGAAGUUGCAGAUUAAAUCGUCCGUGGUGUUUUUAUUUUAUUUAUUUAUUCAUUCUUGAGGCUAUUACAUUAUUCAGCCACAAGAUGGGGAUAAAACACGGAGCUGUAGAUAACAAACGUGUACAUCCCGUAAUGUCAUAUUAAGAGCCUGAUCAUUAUGAAGACGAAUCACAAGAUUUUUUUCUUCCAUAAAUAAGAGUGGUAUGAACCAGAGUGCCAGACUAUCGGGACAGUUAUCAUGGCCCCUCUGCGGGAUGGCAGUCCCUGGAAGACCACCCUGGUCAAGUAUUGUUUUCUACAUUUUAAAAUGGCUUAAUCUCUCCGUCCAAAAGCAGUCAGC